GGCUUGACUGCAUGGCUUCCCCCAGCUUACCUGUCCCCAGCUCACCCUCCUACCCUGUCCCUCUAGGGCAGCUCCCCAUGGACCCCAUCAGCAUCCAGCUGGGCACCCGGAACCUGUGGAGCUGGCUCGUGAGUCUGCUCAGCAAGGACCCCAAAUGGCUGAGCGACAAGAUGAGCUUCUUCUUCCCCAACAUGGACCUGGGCUCCCAGAACGAGGUCUCAGACCCCGAGCAGUGGGUCAUCCUACAGCUCAGAGCAUUGCACGCCCAAGGUCUGAACACGUGGCAGUCGUUCAUCCACUCCGUGUGCAUGGAGCUGGAGGUGCCCCUGGAGCUGGAGGUGCCACUGCUGAGCACUUGGGGCAGUGAAGACGGGUUCCCCAGCCAGCUGGGAGAUGAUGGAGGAAGCCAGCCUGAAUGUCAGCUCCACCAUGGCCUCAAGCGCCCUCAUCAGAGCUACGGGUCCUCCCCUUGCCGGAAGCAGAGCAAGAAGCAGCAGCUAGAGCUGGCCAGGAGGUACCUGCAGCUCCUGAGGACCUCUGCCCAGCAGCGCUAUGGUGACAGACUCUCUGGGUCGGGGCAGCCUGACCUUGCCUCCCAGCAGCCCUACAUCCCCCCGAUCCUGCAGUGGGCGCGAGCCACAGUGCCCUUGGACGCUCAGCGGGGGGCUGGUAUGGGAGACAUCAAGGCAGAAGAUGGCACUGACGUGAACAUCUGGGACCUCUUCAAUCCCAGGACCAAAAAGGGCCCAAGGGUGACAGUGCUCUUGGGGACGGCUGGCAUGGGCAAGACCACGCUGGCCCACCGGCUCUGCCAGCAGUGGGCUGAGGGCCAGCUGGACCACUUCCAGGCCCUGUUCCUUUUUGAAUUCCGCCAGCUCAACCUGCUGACAAGUUUCCUGACGCUGCCCCAGCUCCUUUUCGAUCUGUACCUGCGCCCCGAGUCGGGCCCCGACGCCGUCUUCCAGUACCUGACGGAGAACGCGGGCCGAGUCCUGCUGGUCUUCGACGGGCUGGACGAGGCCCUCCAGCCCUGCUCCGGGGGGGACCCGGGGGCCCCCGAGGGCCUGGGCCCGGCCCUCACCCUCUUCUCCGGGCUCUGCGCCGGGACGCUCCUGCCCGGCUGCUGGGUGAUGGCCACCUCCCGUCCCGGGAAGCUGCCGCCCUGCCUGCCCGCCGAGGCAGCCGUGGUCCAGAUGUGGGGCUUCGACAGUCCCCGCGUGGAGGAGUACGCCAGCCGCUUCUUCAGCGCCCAGCCCUCCCGGGAGGAGGCGCUGGCAGAGCUGCGGGGCAACGGACGUCUCCGGCGCAUGUGUGCGGUGCCCGCGCUGUGCCGCGUCGCCUGCCUCUGCCUCCGCCAUCUGCUCCCCGACAGCGCCCCGGGCCAGUCUGCGGCCCUGCUGCCCACCGUGACUCAGCUCUACGUGCAGAUGGUGCUCGCCCUCGGUCCCCCCGGGCGCCUGCCCACCGCGCCCCUGCUGGGCCUGGGGGAGGUGGCCCUGAGGGGCCUGGAGGCCGGGAAGGCUGUCUUCUAUGCAGGAGACAUCCCUCCAUCCGCGAUGGCCUUCGGGGCCGCCCACAGCCUGCUCACCUCCUUCAGCGUCUACACGGGCCCCGGGCACCUGCAGACGGGCUACGCUUUCGCCCACCUCAGCCUGCAGGAGUUUUUUGCUGCCCUGUACCUGAUGGCCAGCCCCGAGGUGGACAAAGACACCCUCGCCCACCGUGUCACCCUCAAUUCCCGCUGGGUGCUGCGGACCAAAGCCAGAGUGGGCCUCUCGGACCACCUCCCCACCUUCCUGGCGGGCCUGGCCUCCCGCGCCUGCCUCCCCUUCCUCGGCUGGCUGGCAGAGCGCGACGGGGCCUGGGUGGGCGCCCGGCAGGCUGCUGUCGUGCAGGCGCUGAGGAAGCUGGCCACCCGCAAGCUCACGGGGCCCAAGGUCGUAGAGCUGUGUCGCUGCGUGGACGAGACGCAGAAGCCUGAGCUGGCCCGUCUCGCUGCCCAAAGCCUCCCCUGUCAACUGUCCUUCCACAACUUCCCGCUGACCUGCGCCGACCUCACCAGCCUGACCGGCAUCCUGGAGCGCAGGGACGCCCCCAUCCACCUGGACUUCGAGGGCUGCCCCCUGGAGCCCCGCUGCCCUGAGGCUCUGGAAGGCUGUGGGCAGGUGGAGAAUCUCAGCUUUAAGAGCAGGAAGUGUGGGGACGCCUUUGCAGAAGCCCUCUCCAGGAGCUUGCCAACGAUGGGGAGGCUGCAGAAGCUGGGGCUAGCAGGAAGUAAGAUCACUGCCCAAGGCAUCAGACAUCUGGUGAAAGCUUUGCCCUUCUGUCCACAGCUGGAAGAGGUCAGUUUUCAGGACAACCAGCUCAAGGACCAGGAGGUGCUGCACAUCGUGGAGGUACUCCCUUGCCUGCCACGGCUCCGGAGGCUUGACCUAAGUGGCAACAACAUCUCUGUGUCGACCCUCCUCUCCCUGGCAAAAGUGGCAGUCACAUGCCCUACCAUCACGAUGCUGCAGGUCAGGGAGGCGGACCUCAUCUUCCUUCUUUCCCCGUGUGCAGAGACGGCAGGAGAGCUACAAAGAGCUCCAGACCUGCAGGAAGAUGACAGCCAGAGGAAAGGGGCUCAGAGCAGAAGCCUGACACUCAGGCUUCAGCAGUGUCAGCUCCAGGUCGAUCAUGUGGAAGCCCUCGUAGCCCUGCUCUUGGAAGGCCCCCGCCUGGAAGAAGUUGACCUCUCAGGGAACCAUCUGGAAGACGAAGGCUGCCGACUGAUGGCAGAGGCCGCGCUCCGGCUGCACAUCACCAGGAAGCUGGACCUCAGCGACAACGGGCUCUCGGUGGCCGGGCUGGGCUGCAUGCUGCCCACGGUGAGCACGUGCAGGACGCUGGCAGAGCUGCACGUCAGCCUGCUGCACAAAGCCGUGGUCCUCACGUUUGCCCAAAAGACGGAGGAGCAGGAGGGACCCCAGAAGAGUGCUGCAUUUCUUGACAGUCUCGUGUCCCAGGUGCCCUCUGAGCUGCCCCUGAGCUCCUGCAAGAUCAGGCUGACACACUGCGGCUUCCAAGCCAAGCAGCUACAGCAGCUCUGCAAGGCGCUGGAAGGAAGUUGCCACCUCGGUCAGCUCCGGCAGCUCCAUCUCGACUUCUCAGGCAACGCUCUAGGGGACGAAGGUGCCGCCCUGCUGGCUCAGCUGCUGCCCGGGCUGGGCGCUCUGCAGUCCUUGGACCUCAGCGGGAAUGGCUGCUCCCUGGGCGCCGUGCUCGCGCUGGCCCGGUGCUUCUCCACGCUGCCGUGGCUCCUCCGCCUGGACGUCAGCCUGGAGAGCCAGCGCAUCCUCCUGACGGGUGCCAGGAGAGGCAGGGACACACAGGCUGGGGGACGUUUGCCUGAGAUCCCCGCGGGAGCCGAGUUCUCGGGGUUCGGUCAGCGCUGCGCCCCCAGGAGCUUCUGCCUCAGGGAGUGUCAGCUGGAGCCCCUGAGCCUCCACCAACUCUGUGACACCCUGGAGCAGUGCCCGGGGCCACUGGAAGUCCAACUGUCCUGUGCGGUCCUGAGUGACCAGAGCCUGGAGACCCUGCUGCAGUGCCUGCCCCGACUCCCUCACUUGAGCCUGCUGCAGCUGAGCGAGACGGGGCUGCCUGCCCGGAGCCCUUUCCUGCUGGCCGACGCCUUCGCCCUGUGCCCCUGGGUUCAGAAGGUGGAUCUCAGGUCCCUGCGUCAUGCCACCCUGCACUUCACAUCCAGCCGGGAGCAGCGAGGCGUGUGCUGUGGGUUUACGGGCUGCGGCCUCGGCCAGGAGCACGUGGAGUCCCUGUGCUGGCUGCUGAGCAAGUGCGAGGACCUCGGCCAGCUGGACCUCUCAGCAAACCUGCUGGGCGACGCCGGGCUCAGGUGCCUUCUGGAAUGUCUGCCGCGGCUGCCCGUCUCGGGCUCGCUUGAUCUGAGUCACAACGGCAUCUCGCAGGAAGGCGCCCUGCUGCUGGUGGAGGCCCUGCCGGCCUGCGCGCGUGCCCGGGGGGCCUCGGCGAGCCUGGGCUCCGCGCAGAGCUUCCGGAUUCAUUUCUCCAAACAGGAGGAGGCCGGGAAGACGCUUAGGCUGAGCGAGUGCAGCUUCGGGCCAGAGCACGUGCCCAGGCUGGCCACCGGCCUGAGCCAGUCCCUCCAGCUGUCGGAGCUCACACUGACCCGGUGCUGCCUGGGCCGGGAGCAGCUGAUGGUUCUUCUGAGCCUGGUGCGGCGACCAGCUGGACAGCUCUGCCUCAGGGUGGAAGAGCCGUGGGUGGGCAGAGCCGGGGUGCUGGCCCUCCUAGAAGUCUGCAGCCAGGCCUCAGGCAACGUCACUGAAAUAAGCAUCUCCGAGACCGGGCAGCAGCUGCGCGUCCAGCUGGAAUUCCCUCGCCAGGAGAACCCGGAGGUGGUGGCCCUCAGGUUGGCUCACUGUGACCUUGGGACCCACCACAGCCUUCUCGUCAGGCAGCUGAUGGAGGCGUGUGCCAGGCUGCGGCAGCUCAGCUUGUCCCAGGUUAACCUCUGUGAUGACGGUGAUGCCAGCGUCCUGCUGCUGCAGAGCCUCCUGCCGUCCCUGUCUGAGCUGAAGACGUUCCGGCUGACCUCCAGCUGUGUGAGCACCAAGGGCCUCACCCAGCUGGCCUCCGGUCUGAGCCACUGCCACCACCUGGAGGAGCUGGACCUGUCCAACAAUCAGUUCUGCGAGGAGGGCACCAUGGCGCUGGUGCGGGCCCUUGACGGGAAGUGCAGGCUGAAGAGGCUCAACCUCAGCCAUCUGCCACUGGGCGGCUCCACCCUGGCCAUGCUCACUCGAGGACUGAGCCACAUGACCCUCCUGCAGAGCCUCCGACUGAGCAGGAACAGCAUCGGUGAUCUGGGUUGCUGCCACCUUUCUGAGGCUCUCAGAACUGCCACCAGCUUAGAGGAGCUGGGAUUGAGCCACAACCAGAUCGGAGACGCCGGUGCCCAGCACUUAGCCGCCAUCCUGCCGGGGCUGCCUGGGCUCAGGAAGAUAGACCUCUCAGCGAAUGACAUCGGCCCCAAGGGGGGCGUGCAGUUGGCAGAGUCGCUCACUCUUUGCAGGCACCUGGAGGAGCUGAUGCUCGGCCGCAAUGCCCUGGGGGAUCCCACGGCCCUGGGGCUGGCCCAGGAGCUGCCCCAGCACCUGCGGGUCCUGCACCUGCCAUCCAGCCAUCUGGGCCCGGAGGGGGCGCUGAGCCUGGGCCAGGCGCUGGAUGGCCGCCCACACGUGGAGGAGAUCAGCCUGGCAGAGAACAGCCUGGCCGAGGGCGUCCCCCACUUCUGUAAGGGGCUCCCGAUGCUCAGACAGAUGGACCUGGUCUCCUGUAAGAUUGACAACCAGACCGCCAAGCUCCUCGCCGCCAGCUUCCUGCUCUGCCCGGCACUGGAAGUCAUCUUGCUGUCCUGGAACCUCCUUGGGGACGAGGCGGCUGCCGAGCUGGCCCGGGUUCUGCCGCAGAUGAGCCGGCUGAAGAGAGUGGACCUGGAGAAGAAUCAGAUCACGGCUCGUGGAGCCCGGCUCCUGGCUGAAGGGCUGGCCCAGGGGUCUGGCGUCCAAGUCAUCCGCCUCUGGAGUAACCCCAUCCCUGCCGCCGUGGCCCAGAGUCUGCAGGGCCAGGAGCCCAGGCUGGACUUUGCCUUCUUUGACAAGAGCCCUCCGAAUACUUGACGGCCCCCUCGAGACCUUCGGAAUCCGGCCAAGCGAUGCCAGCCUCGCCCACCGGGACAGAGGGAUCAGGAGAGCCUCAGCGGGGUGCCCAGGAGGGAGGGGCAUGUUGGUCCUGCCACAGUCCUCAGGGAGGACGUUUUUGGGGACCGAGAGCCUGGUCCGGCCAAGGGAGCACUCCGCAUCCCAUGUGACAUGAGUGACCAGUUGGGGACAUGUGGCGCCAUGAGGGUGCCAUGACAUAAUACGUGACACGUAAGGUUAUACGCGGCAGUAUGACCUGACAUAUGGCAUUCCCGAAAUGUGCAAGGUGGCACAUGUGGUCCAUAGCUGGGUCUCAGCGCCACAAGUGGCAGGAGGCAUGGCUGGCGACCCAUAUAUGACACAUGACAAAUGUCCAUGUCACAUGACACGUGGCUGCUGGCUGACCUCAGGUUGGCUCAAGAUCUAAUUUAUUACUUUUUAAACCAAUGUGUAUUUAUAGAUUGCACUUCCGGCUUGGCUGAGCCGGGGAAAGUCUUCUGCUCUGAGCUGGGAGGGGACGAGUAUCCACGCACUGCCCGGCCAGUGGCCCAAGGGCCAGGACUCAGGCUACCAGGGACUCAGCCAUCAGGUCCCCUCCUGCUUCGAGCCUCCGUUUCCCAUCUGCAAACUGGAUUAUCUGUCUCCCCCGUAAAUAAUGGCUUCCAAGGACUUUGGGCCCAGGUCUAGGCAGAUCCAGCCUGACCUUGGGAGUGACAUACCCAGUUUAUCCUGCGUAGAGGACACAGCCAGGUCUGACGGCGGGAGUGUGCACUGCUACGACGACGUUUAGUCCAAACCACUGGAUCCAGCUCCUACCUCAGCGGGAGGCGCGUGCGCCCCAGGGGCUCCACGUGCUACAGUGUUCUUGUUCCUUCCAAGGGGACCAAGGGUGGCCCUGCUCUACUCUAAGCCUGCAGUCCCCAAGCCCCGGGCCCUGGCCCAGAACCCGCCUGAGCUCUGCACCACACCCCUCACCCCAUCCCCGGCCCGUGGAAAAGUUGUCUUCCGUGAAACCAGUCCCUGGUGCCAAAACGUUUGGGGACUGCUGCCUAAGCCAACUUUGAUCAAUAAAUAUGGUUGGUCUUCCA